AUGGCCCCGCUUGACUGGUCCAGCGCUGUGGCUUCUGGCAGCGAGUGCCCAGAGGACUGCAAAUACGAGGGACUUUACGUCAGCGUGUCCGACAGAGCCUGGCGCGACAAGAACACCACCAUGAAGGUGUACAGGGACGUCGUGGACAAGCUUUGCGCGCGAGAGAAGUGCAACACAGAGCGACUGGCGGCGGAGGUCAAGCGAAGCCAGGUGCGCGUCAGCGAGCUUGAGAAGAAGUUAAGCGAGCAGCGCCAUCCGAUCCUGCGUCCGGAUAUGCAGCCCACGGACCCGUCAAGCACUACCGGAAAGGCAGCCACCUGUUCGGCGACGGGAAGCGGAAGCGAAAGCAGCUUCAGCUCUCAGGCAUGUGACCAGCAGCUGCAGGACGAAGACAUGUCAAGGCUCGAAGCUAAGAUUGACUUCUUGCAGAAGCAGCAUCCCCAAGUGCCGGCACCCUCCACAGCAGAUCUGCCCAAGAGCAGCCAGGACAUCGAGAAUCUGAAAGAAACGGCGCGGCAAGCCUUGGCGCACAAGGAUUUCAAGAAAGCUUCCGAGUAUUUGUCGGAUGCCCUCCAGCUUCUUGAAUUCGUUCCAGAAGCCCUCCAUGAUUUGUCCUGGGAGCUGUGGCAGCGUGCCACACUGUCCGCUAACCGAGCACUCGCAUGGAUCAAGCAAGAGCAGUGGGAAGCUGCGGAGGAGGACUGCAAUGCCACUUUGCGCACCAUUUCGACGCACAUAAGUAAGGCCAACGAAGUGAAGGUGGCAGCUUUCUACCGUCGCUGCGUCGCCCGGCACAAGCGGGGACAGCAUGAUGAAGCGUUCCAGGACGUUGAGCAGGGACUACGCAUCUUCCCUUGCCGCCAGGAUCUGCUGAAGCUCAAGGCACAGGUCUGUCAGGCGAUGGAGAGCUCGGUGGAACAAAUCAAGGCUAGAAUGCUUAAGGAAGUCGGGCGCAUGAUCGCCGAGGGCACGAGCGCGGCGGCAAGGAAGCGGGCUUUGAGGUGCUGGAAGUUGGAGUGGCACCCGGACAAAAACGCCAACAAGGUUGCCAAAGAAGUCUUCCAGUUCCUUCCUCAUGUCGAAGAGCUGCUUCUUGGCCAACCCGAGCAUACCUGA